AUGCAAAUGCUGGGUGGCUGCUGGUUCAUAGAGCAACCGGCCAGCAGCAGAUUGGCAUGGUACCCUCGCUUCGAAUGGCUUUGUCGCAGCCUUUGGUCGAAAGCUUGGCAGAUAGGCUGGUGGGCGCGACACUUCAAAGCUUUGACUCCAAAGCGGCAUAGAGCUUGGUCCAACAGCAAGGAAAUCUCUGUUCUCAACCGGGGUGUGUUGACCAAGAAGGAGCGCGAUGCAUGCCCAGUCAAGACAACAGACAGAUCGGUGAAGGUCGUACCCAAUUCCAUUUGGACUCCACAUGCAGCGCUACAUUCAUGUCCUGCGCUCCUCUGGCUGCGGCAACUUGGAAGAGCUUCCAGGGGUAAGCGCACCGGAGAUGUUCUACCAGAUGCCUUGGAGCACAUGGCCAGAGGCUGGGUGUUCAAUUUGCAGUACGUUGUGCACUUUGCGCGCAUCUAUCUGCGGCAGGCUGGGUUGGAGGCAGCGGUCAUCUACAUGAGGGGCUCCAAGCGCCUGAUG